AUGCUACAUUAUGUGAAGACGUUUUCCACUUUAGAGGGACAAUUGACAGCGUCAGUCCCUGCUAAUCAUGGAAAGGAAAAAUGUGAAACGAUAAUUCAAAAGGUUAUGAGUCCUGAAUCAUACAUCAAGCAUCCACUACAAAACAAGUGGGCUCUUUGGUUUUUCAAGAACGACAAAAGCAAAACAUGGCAAGCCAACCUUCGUCUCAUCUCAAAAUUUGACACAGUGGAAGACUUCUGGGCACUAUACAAUCACAUUCAGCUUUCCAGUAACUUGAUGUCUGGCUGUGACUACUCGCUGUUUAAGGAUGGGAUUGAGCCCAUGUGGGAGGAUGGACGGAACCGAAAAGGCGGCCGCUGGCUGAUAACUCUGUCCAAGCAGCAGCGUAGAGCAGACCUGGAUCGCUUCUGGCUGGAGACGCUCUUGUGUCUUGUGGGUGAAGGUUUUGAUGAACACAGUGACGAUGUGUGUGGAGCCGUCAUAAACGUUCGCGCCAAAGGAGAUAAAAUAGCAGUGUGGACCACCGACUACGAGAACAAAGAUGCCAUCACACACAUCGGGUGACUGAAAGAUUCCACACCUAUU